AAGCCAGUAACAUUACCCCGGUACCCACCUGCAGAGAAUCCAAGGAAACUCUGGAACACUUUCUCGCUCUCGGCUUUCUCCGAUCCCUCGUCUUCCCUUCCCACGGCUAUUACGUUGCCUUCCACCUCGCCGCCGAUGGGCGACUGCGAGGAGGAGAUCUCUAUGUACUCGAUCGAGGCGCGGUGACCUGUGAAUCUGGGAUCUUCCCCUCUGUUAACCCAUGGGUUGUGCCUGUGGCAAGCCCUUGGCCGUCGAGGACGGUCGAAGGAGGAGCCCUCGAGAGAGGUUGUCCCUCCAACCUCUGUCGGCGGUAGGGGCCUUGCAGGUCGAUGCGCCGGCCAAGAGGUCAUCGGCGACGUCUUUAUCCGUGUCGUCCUUGAGGCGCGAGGAGGUAGCCUCUGUUAGAAUGGACGCGGGCGUGGAGGUGGCGGCGGCGGUGAAGAAGGUAGCGAAUGGGCCGGUUCGUGCUAAUUGGUCGGAUGCUGAGAGGAGGAGAGUCGCAGAGAGACAGGCACAAUGGAAACAUCCAAUGCAGUCGUUCGGUAGUGUUGCCAAGGCCGUCGAAGGAGAGCAGGUGGCGGCUGGGUGGCCAGCUUGGUUAGCUACGGUGGCUGGAGAAGCCAUUAUGGGUUGGGUGCCACGCAAGGCCGAUUCAUUCGAGAAGCUCGAUAAAAUUGGCCAAGGUACAUAUAGUAGUGUAUACAGAGCACGGGAUCUUGACCAUAAAAAGAUUGUUGCUUUAAAGAAAGUGCGGUUUGACAAUCUUGAGCCUGAAAGUGUAAAGUUCAUGGCUAGGGAGAUUCUCAUUCUGCGGAGACUGAAUCAUCCAAAUAUAGUGAAGCUGGAAGGUUUGGUAACAUCACGCAUGUCUUGCAGUUUAUACCUUGUUUUUGAGUAUAUGGAACAUGACCUUGCUGGCCUGGCUUCUUCCCCUGGGCUAAAGUUCAGUGAACCCCAGGUUAAAUGUUACAUGCAACAACUUUUACAUGGUCUUGAUCAUUGUCACAAUCGUGAAAUUCUGCAUCGGGAUAUCAAGGGUUCCAAUCUCUUAAUAGACAACAGUGGCAUUUUAAAAAUUGCAGAUUUUGGCUUGGCAAGUUUCUUUGAUCCUGAGCAACGACUUCCAUUAACUAGCCGUGUAGUUACCCUUUGGUAUAGACCUCCAGAACUUUUGCUAGGAGCCACUAAUUAUGGGGUUAGUGUUGACUUAUGGAGUGCUGGAUGCAUUCUUGCAGAACUAUAUGCAGGCAAACCUAUAAUGCCAGGACGAACAGAGGUAGAACAGUUGCACAAAAUAUUUAAACUCUGUGGUUCACCUUCUGAAGAGUAUUGGAGGAAAUCUAGAUUGCCCCAUGCUACCAUUUUUAAACCACAACAACCUUAUAGACGAUGUGUUGCUGAAACAUUUAAGGAAUUUCCUCCAUCAGCUCUUACAUUACUUGAAGUUCUUCUUUCAGUGGAUCCUGCAGACCGUGGAACUGCUGCUUCUGCCCUAAAGAAUGAGUUCUUUACAAUGGAGCCUCUUGCUUGUGAUCCUUCAAGCUUGCCUAAGUAUCCUCCUAGUAAAGAGUUUGAUGCAAAGAGACAGGAAGAGGAAACUCGAAAGCAAUAUGCUACUGGCGGCAAUGCACAUAGGCUUGACCAUGAAAAGAGAGGACAAAGGGAAUCUAAAGCUAUUCCUGUACCUGAUGCCAAUGCUGAAUUAACAACAUCACUGCAGAAGAGACAAAGCCAGGCCCAAACCAGAAGCCGAAGUGAGAAGUUCAAUCCGUGUAAGGAGGAAAUAGCUUCUGGGUUUCCAAUCGAACCACCUCAUGUAGCUCCAGUGCUGGAAGUAGCUGAAGAACCUCAGAACCAAUUCUCUAAUAGGUCCUUCCAUUCAGGACCACUGGUUCAUCGUAAUCAAUUGCCAAAAGCUUGGAAAAACGAGGAAGAUCUGCCUAAGAUUUUUGCUGUUGCAGAUUUAUCAGGGUUACCACAACCAGCAACUGCGAGGAGGAAAGUUUUAUCAGAUGAUGGCGAUGAUGAUCUGAUCACCCAUUUAGGAGGUCCUCCGGCAGGUAGAUUAUCUGAAUCUGGAAAUGAAUUUUCAAAUUCUAGAAAGUGUGAUCAGAUUUGUCAUCAGAGAGUUGAUGAGAGCAGCAGCAAGACAGAUCAACAAACUCAGCAGGGUUAUGGGCCAAAUGGAAACAAGAUUCAUUACUCUGGGCCACUGCUGCGUCCAUCUGGGAAUGUUGAUCAGAUGCUCAAGGAACAUGACCGUCAAAUUCAAGAGGUAUUUAGACGCUCUCGAAUCAACAAAACAAAGAUUAGGAAAGUUCAAGGUGAUGGAAACCAGUUUGGAGUGAAGCCUAGCAACUUCAUUCCCAUGCCAUUAUACCCUUCUACUCGUGGCUCGUCGAUUCCAGUUUUCACAUCCAGCCGUGGGAAUGAGUGAUUGGUGAGCAAGCUGGAACACACCCAUCUAUUUUUUUUUUAAGAAAAUGGUUAUGGAUAUUCUGGAUCACUUUAUUUUGGUGGAUGGGGUUAAGGUGAUACAUGCCGACCGAAAUAGCGAGGAUGAAUACGGCUUUAUGAUAACAAUGUCGAUGUAAUAUUGAGGGUAGAUGAUGUGUAAUUUUCUUUAUACUGCUCCGAGAUACAAGAAAUGAGCGGUUGAUUGAAUCCACGGCCUGUUGUAAUGCAGCUCUUGUAAACUUUUGAUAAUUUCCAAAUAUUGGAUGUUGACAUCGCCCA